CUUCCUCCUUUCUCCGGGGCCCCCACGUGGUCCUGCGGCUCGGAGCCGGCGCCGCCUUCCUCGCUGCCGAGGCGGCUUCGGAGUAAGCGGCGGGAGGAGCGGCGCGAGGCAAAGGAUCUCUGGCUGCCGCCGCGCUCUCUUUGCGCAGGGGGGAGCUGGGGAGGGGGUGCUCCUGCCAGCCCCUUCUCUACUGCUUGCUUUGGGGGAGGAGGGGGAGGGUGCCCAGCUGAUGCAUUGUUGGGAGAUCGGCGAUGCUCGGAUCCUGGCCGGGGCUGAGGCUGGCUGCUGACGCUUGGGGGAGAGCCCUGAAAAGCUGGCGACGGAGUAGACUCAGGAGCUAUCCUCUGAUGGCCGAGGAGCUGAGAAUCGUGACUAACUGCCAGGCAAGAAGGCUGAGGAGCGACAACGGCCGAGAGGAGGAAGAGGAUGCAAAGCAAGAGGAGAACGGGCCCGAAGCAAAACGGCUCAAGGCUAGCCAAGAAGAGAGAGAAGACGGGAGUAAAAGAUACCCAAAGAGGAAGAUCGUGCUGCUGAUGGCGUAUUCGGGGAAAGGCUAUCAUGGAAUGCAGCGCAAUUUGGGAAAUUCUCAGUUCAAAACCAUCGAGGAUGACUUGGUGUCAGCCCUCAUUCAGUCAGGUUGCAUCCCAGAGAACCACGGGGAAGACAUGAAGAAAAUGUCUUUUCAGAGGUGUGCCAGGACAGACAAGGGCGUCUCUGCGGCUGGACAGAUUGUCUCUCUCAAGGUCUGGCUGAUAGAAGAUAUUUUACGAAAAAUUAACGACUACCUCCCUGCUCAUAUAAGAAUUCUAGGGCUCAAAAGGGUCACGGGAGGAUUCAGCUCAAAGAACAAAUGCGACGCCCGGACCUACUCGUAUAUGCUUCCGACUUUUGCCUUCGCCCACAAAGAUCGGGAUCCUCAGGACGAGACGUACCGCCUGAGCCCAGAGACCCUGGAGACCGUCAGGAGGCUGCUGGUUUGCUACAAGGGGACUCACAACUUCCACAACUUCACCUCUCAGAAGGGGCCCAAAGACCCCAGCGCCAAACGCUACAUCAUGGAGAUGUACUGCGAGGAGCCCUUUGUGAGGGACGGCAUUGAGCUGGCGGUCAUCAAGGUGAAGGGCCAGAGCUUUAUGAUGCACCAGAUCCGGAAGAUGAUCGGGCUGGUGAUCGCCAUCGUCAAGGGUUACGCCCCCGAGGCGAUCCUGGAACGGAGCUGGGGAGAGGAGAAAGUGGACGUCCCCAAAGCGCCGGGCUUGGGCCUGGUUUUGGAACGGGUCCACUUUGAAAAGUACAACAGACGGUUUGGGAACGACGGCCUCCACGAGGCCCUGGAGUGGGCCGACGAGGAGGAGAAGAUUGCGGCUUUCAAAGAGCAAUACAUCUACCCCACGAUCGUAAAUACAGAGAAGGAAGAGAAGUCUAUGGUGAGCUGGCUAGAAACUCUCUCCAACCAUGACUUCAGUUCCACGGCCUCUAAAUCACUGGUGGACAACCAAGAGCCAAAGAAUAGCGAUCCUGAAGGCAGCGAUGGCUGUGGAGACGACUCGGACUGAACGAGAACCCAUUGUGGAGCAUGGUGCACGAUGAGCUGCAUAAAUCACAGCCAGCUGUUAGAAGCCUGACCUCUCCCAAGUGGCACUCUUUACCCACUUCUUCGAUGAAUGUAAUUGGUGAUACGUGAACAGGCCAAACCAGGGAAGAGGACAGACAUGGCGCUGAAAAUGAUUGCCUAACUCCUACCUCUGUGGGCCAGAGUGUGUGGAGCCUUCAUUCAGACUCAACAGAAGUAGAAGACUGCUUUUAAUGUCAGACGGAUUAUGUAAUUUUACUACCUUAGAUAUACAGGAGAAAAUGAUUUAAGAUGCAUCAGACUGUAAGGGAUACAAGGUUUUUUUCCCCCCAUUUCUCAAGGCCAAAGUUUCACUGUCUGUGGGCGUUGCUUCUUUUCUGACUGUACUUUAUUCAUCAGCCGUGAAUAUCAGCGUUUUUGUUACGGCUUCUCGGACGCAAAUUCUGUGCUGAAACACUAGUUAUUCUGAAUGUGGAACUUCUGCUGACUUAAAUUGUACCCAUUACAGGGAUUUUUACACUCAAUAUUCUCUGUUCUUUUUUCUAGAUAAAAAAAAAAUAAAAGCUGCUUAUUCCAAGAUACAGGGGAAUACAAAA